GCAUCACAUUCCAUCGGGGCCAGAUUUUGCCACCAAACACGCCCUUUCCCCGCGAGAAUCCAAGUGGACGCAAAGACCGCCACGACGUUGCCGCUGCUUUAGCCAUUAAUCACCUCGCCGUCAAUUCAUUUCCUCCCUAAUUCCACACACACACGCGCGAGAGAGAGAGAGAGAGAGAGAGAGGGAGAGAGAUGGCAAGUUUGAGAAGAGCCCUUUUCUCCACCGUGACUCGUAUUAUCAGCUCCAAUCGGAUAUGGCCGACCAGCCCACAAUCUCUUCACAGGCCUAUUUUGGGUUCCUUCGCCCGUUCCUACACUGCAAAUGAAAGCGCCCAAUCUCUUGAUAUCGAUCUCUCCAACGAAGAAAGUAAAAGGCGCUUGUUUAACAGGCUGUUAUACAGGAGUAAACAGAGGGGGUACCUGGAGCUGGACUUGAUUCUGGGGAAAUGGGUGGAGGAUCACAUUCAUUCUAUGGAUGAAACUGGAAUCAAGUCCCUUGUUCAUGUCCUUGACCUGGAAAAUCCUGAUCUAUGGAAAUGGCUGACUGGUCAGGAGCAACCUCCGGAGGCAGUGAAUGCAAAUCCUGUUUUCGCGUCUGUGAAGGAAAGGGUCACAAACAAUCUUGACAACCAUGCUGCUCCCGAGACACGAGCAACACCCGGCCAGUCGUGGGUGAGAGGUUGGGACGACUUCAAGAGAGGUCGAGACAGCCCCAUUGCUGGGAACCAGUAGUCGUGUUCACGCAUCCAUGACAUCGUGAUGGAGUCUUUCAUAUUGCAAACGAAAUAUAAAUUGUGAGAAAUACUGUCUGAGGCGACAUAUUCUAUGGCAUAUCAGUCUUCUGGAGGUAUAAAAAUAAGGAACAGAUGAGAUCAUGAAUGUGCUCUCUGAUGAAUCUACUCUCUGAUGAAUGUACUAAACUGGAAAUCAGCUUGAUAUUUUAUUUUAUAAGCAACCAUAAAAUAAAAUACGUACUUACUAUCAUUAA